AUGAAGGGGUCUAAGGACAAAGCUCGGAAGCGGCUUCGCAGCGAGCCCGAAAAUGCCGAAAGUGCCGCAAAAAAGAAACGCAAAGAGCCCAACCCCCGCCCGCAAGCAGAAGACGACUCUGCUGCUGCCAGCAGCUCCGCCGACGAGAAGCCGCAGCAGCAGCAGCAGCAGCAGCAGCAGGCGGAAGCAGCGCCAGCAGCAGCUGCUGCUGACGGGAACUCAGCAGCAGCAGCAGCAGAAAGUGCUGCUGCUGCUGCUGGCGAGGCGUCCUCUUCGGACUCGAGCGCGCCUGCAGGUCCUUCGGGAGCAUUCUUUUCAGAAGUUUUAUUUGAAAGUUUGGACAUUUGCGAGCCAGUGAAGAAAGCCCUCAAGGAAAUGAAAAUGGAAAAACUCACAGAAAUUCAGGCCAAGUCCAUUCCCAGGCUCCUCGAGGGCAAAGAUGUCCUCGGCGCAGCCAAAACAGGGUCGGGGAAGACGCUGGCGUUUCUGGUUCCCGCGCUGGAGCUGCUGUACCAAGUGAAGUUCCUUCCGCGAAAUGGAACUGGAGUUUUGGUAAUUUCUCCAACUCGAGAAUUGUCUUUGCAAAUUUUCGAAGUGGCAGCAGAAGUGGCCAAGUUUUUGCCCCAAACGCUCGGGCUGGUCAUCGGCGGCGCCAACCGCCGCAGCGAAGUCGACAAACUCAACAAAGGAAUUAAUCUUCUGGUCGCCACUCCAGGCCGCCUCCUCGACCACUUGCAAAACACCCGGGCCUACGCCUCCCACGGGCUCAAAGACAUCUUCAAUGUGUACAACUUGGACUUGCAGCGAGUGGCUCGCGCCUUUGGCUUUUCUGUGCCUCCAAAAGUGGAUUUAAAUUUAAAAGCAAAAGGAAGAACACCAACAGACAAAAAGAAAAAUAAAUGCAACGCCAGCGGCCACAAAUUCUCCGCCGCCAACCCGUACGGCGUGAGGGACCCUGGAGACAAGCGUCAGUUUUGCCACUAG